AUGGCUGAUGCAUCAGACCCCCAACCUAACGACACCAACGACAAUCAGCCCAAAAACAACUCGAAUAACCUGGGGGCUGCAUGCUUUCGGUGCAGAGGUUUUAGACAUGCGUGCGACCGUCAAAAGCCAGCAUGUUCUCGGUGUAAACGACGAGGCAUUACAUGCACGUAUCCUGAAGCUGCCCCAACGUUAAAGAAGCUUCAAAAGGCGACAGAGACUCUUGGCGAUAGGAUACGCAAGUUUGGUGAUCGAUUAAAGUCGACUGAGGCUGGAAUGCCCAAAGAAUUUAGAGCCAUUUCAUUACAACGACUUGCCCAGCAACAAGCAACACCAUCAUCAACAUCAUCACCACCCACUCCAGAUACAGCAUCAGACACGUUAUCCAUGGCGUCAUCAGAAGCAACAUGCGAAAGUAGUAGCAAACAACAACAGCCGCAUCGAUUAGCUUCCACCAGCAACUUUUCUGUGUAUCCAUGCGGCAAAUGUUUCAAGGAUCUACAGCAAUGCGACUUGACACUUCCCAAAUGUAGUCGUUGCGAGGCCAAUAACUUUGAAUGUGUCUAUGGCAAAACGGAACCCAAGGCAAACCAUGUGUCUCAAGUAUUGACGACAAUGAACAAGGUGAUGGAUCAAUGGCAGGAAUCGAUCGAUCGUAUGGCUCGUGAUUUUGCGCAAAAGACAAGAGAUUUUUCUCAACGCACCAACAAUGCAUUUCGAAUGAAACCAUUACAGCCAUUCGCAUGGAAGAUCACAUCCACAGGUCGAGGAUUAUCAGUGGAAAGCAACGUCAACUCGUACAAUGACCUUUCAAAGCUAGUGGAUCAAUUUAAGAAAAGUAUGCAUAUUGGACCACCUGUGGAUGAUGGGGAUCGAGACAAUGAUGAUGGAACAGCAGUGGGUGGUGAAUCACCUGGGUCUAUGAGAACAGCAGCAACCGAUGAACGACAAAGGAUAGCGCAAUCAGUGGAAUUAGAUGAUACCAGCUCCGUACAUACAUCAUCGGGGUUUUCGUUUGCAGUGUGGAAUUCUUGGUCACAUCCCAUGCACGCAGUACCUCAGGAUUAUCCUAUCGAUAUCACCGAUGAGUUGACAGAUAACCUAGUCGAGCUGUAUUGUCGAUCACCAUGCUGUUCAGCCAUUCGACUUCCAAUCAUUGAUACGACCGAAUUCAUGAGACGCUAUCACGAUCCCGAUAAUCGCCCUUCCCAAGUAUUGAUUUAUGCCAUGUGCUCCAUGUCAGCCCGUAACGCAUUUCAAUUGCAUAUGUGGAGUAAGCGACCGGCACACGAAUCACCACAAUACAACAUGGGCAAAGCAUUGUCGAUUGCCUAUUGUCUCAAAGGACGUGAAAUGUUAUCCGAAUGCUUCGAUGAACCAUCGCUUGACAAUUGCAAAGCAGCCAUUUUACUCUCCUAUUGCAGCUAUCAGAAUGGCUAUUCGGGUGUGAUUUAUAUUUACGAGUGGAUCGCAUACAACAUGGCACGAGAGCUUGGAUUGUAUGAUAGUGGACGCGAAUUUACUGAGGCUGAAAGCAAACUUGUAUGGUGCUUGUAUUAUUUCAAUACGUGGUAUCGUGUCUUGCAAGGUGGAUCAAGUGCAUCAGUGGAAUCGAGUCAAUUUUAUCCAUGCUGUCCGUUACCAGAACCACCCGUUAAGCCUGAUAUGAGUGCUAUGAAAGAGGAGGUUGAGGAUGAUGAUGAAGCGGCUUGUCAAGAAUUACCAGAGCCACCCGUCAAGCCUGAUAUGAAUGCCAUGAAAGAGGAGGAUGAGGAUGAUGAAGCAACUCGUCAAGAGUUGGUGGAUUAUUACGUGUGGAGCACAUGGUAUUAUCUUAUCCGAUUGCAGAUUCUUCGACACGAUGUCAUGUCUCGAUUAGUGGCUAUUCAGACGACUCCCGGCAAAGCAGAUCCCAACGUAUCGCUUGAAUUACUUGCAUUACAAGAUCGUCUCCAGGAAUUUUACAGCAGCUUACCCGAUGAAUGGCGUAGCCCCGAUAUUGCAGCCAUGGCAGCGGCAGCCAAAAAUGGUGGUGGUAGCAGCAAUAGCCAAUGUUCAGGAUCACCAGCGACAGCCAUGGAUGGAUUAUCACCCUCAUCAGCAGGAUCAUCCGAUCGACAUUAUCAUAUUGACAUUGCAAGCUUUGCAAGGUUUUGUAUUUUGCAUGUGCACAUUUAUUACAACAUCAACAAAAUCCUAUUGUAUCAAGCAUUCUUUCCAUCUGAGCACUUUCCAACCGUACCAUUCUCGAUCCAAUGUUUAUAUACAUGCGUGGAUGCAGCAUCGACCAUCACACAAACGCUUGAAUACAUGUCACAGCAACACGACGAAUGCAAUGUGCCACUGAUUGGGUUCCUAUUCGCCAACAUUGUCUAUAUCAAAUUACUCAAUUAUCACGAGCAUGAACGAUGGUCCGAUUUUGCGCGUCAAUGUUUACAACUCUCGGUGGAUAUUUCCAAAGCAUCGGUCACCUACAUGUAUGAUUUUGAGCGUGCAAAGACCCUUGUGAGUGUGAUGGAGCAAGAUGUACGUGCAUUAUGUGGUCCUUCACCGCCAUCGCCUUUCAACAACAUUCCCAUGUGGCCGCAUUAUUACCCACCUCCACACAUGCAACGGACCAACAGCGUUGAUUCUUCAUCAGAUGGAUGGUCACUACGAUCUCACAGUUCAAUGCCCUCUCCACCUUAUCUUCCAGUCACUUCUUCCUCCUCUUCAUCCGCCACUCCAGCAGCAGCCGCAGCAGCAGCCGCUCACCAUCAUCAUCAUCAUCAUCAUCAACCUCACCAAUACAGUAAGCAAACAACAAGCAUCACUGGAGUUCCUUCUCGUUACUACGAAAUGAUGCAACCAUAG